UAGGCCGUGUCAGUACAAUCGCCCAAAGUUCUAAAACUGUGUAGAGACGUUCUUUUGACACGGAGUCUACAGAAUGAUGACUAGUUCGGAGUAGAUGCCGCCUCUUUCAGAGUAUGCUGGGUCAGUCCUUACACUAAUUAAUUUAGUCGAGAACUGUCACUGUCUGACGCCAAUUACGAUCGUCCAGCUUGUUUGUAAAAUGUGAGAUCGCUUGGCGAUAUGCUGUCUACAGGUUUAAUGAUGCUUUUGAACAAGAUAUUCCGCAGUGUCGUGACAAUCUUGUGUCUGAUCAAUCUCUGUCAAUGCCAUGGCGACAAAUGCAGAGUGCUCCAAGAACAAUUCAGUCAACUAAACCACUCGUUCAUGGAAUUAUACAGAGCUUUGGCGACCAACACACCAAAAGAGAAACCGAAGACGUCUUUACGUGAGCGUGCAAAAUACACUGUGUGUGAAGAUCUGGAUGGUCUGAAAAAGCACCUCCUUUACGAAAGAGCUCAGAGGCAGUUUUUGGAGUCGGCGCUAGAGGACGCUAUGAAACGUAUUGACGUUCUAGGGCAGGUGUGUUUCAAAGAAAAUGAGUCGUGUCGGUCUGAGAAAUUACAGAAUUCUCAGUACCCCGCCAUACCAACGCUGGACAAUGGCCGAGUGGACUGCGCCGGAAACACGCAAACUGGCAUCUGCACUUUCACGUGCUUCGGUGGUUACGAUUUGCACGGGCCAACGGUUCGACACUGGACAAGAGACAGGUCGUUUGAUGGCAAGGACACAAGCUGCAGAGGUAUAGGGCCAGGGACGUAGAGUGGUCUGAACAGUGGGUGGGGGAGGGGGUCGAAACCCCCUUGCUCAAACAGUUUUGGUUUUUUAAUAUAUUUUCCAGGGAAGUAUGACUUUGACACCUCCCCCCAUAAACUUCAUUCGCCACAAUCUUAAAAUUUUGAGCAAUAUCAAUUGGCCAUUCUUGACUUGAUAUAAAUCGACACAAAAAAUUAUUAUUAUUAUUAUGUUGUUGUUUUUGUUGUUGUU